ACAGCCCGGCCGGAGCCGCCGCGGGAGCAGCGAGCCCCGGAGCGCCAUGGCCGAGAGAUGCGACGUGGUCGUGGUCGGGGGCGGCAUCUCAGGUCUCUCAGCAGCCAAGCUACUGACUGAGUCAGGCCUGAAUGUGGUGCUGCUGGAAGCCAAUGACAGAGUUGGUGGAAGAACUUUCACCGUAAGGAAUAAGCAAGUUAAAUAUGUGGACCUUGGAGGGGCUUAUGUGGGGCCAACACAGAAUCGUCUCCUGAGGCUCUCUAAGGAGCUGGGAAUAGAGACAUACAAAGUGAAUGAAGUUGAGCACCUGAUUCACCAUGUCAAGGGUAAAUCUUACACCUUUAAAGGCCCAUUCCCCCCUAUGUGGAAUCCCUUGGCCUACCUGGACUACAACAACCUAUGGAGGACCAUGGAUGAGAUGGGAAAGGAGAUUCCCAAUGAAGCUCCAUGGAAGGCUCCACGUGCAGAAGAAUGGGACAAAAUGACUAUGCAAGAUUUCAUAGAUAAAGUAUGCUGGACAAAAGCUGCCAAGAGUUUUGCAACUCUGUUUGUGAACGUGGAUGUCACUUCUGAGCCCCACGAGGUCUCUGCCCUUUGGUUUUUGUGGUAUGUGAAGCAGUGUGGGGGCACAGCACGGAUUUUCUCCACAACCAACGGGGGCCAGGAGAGGAAGUUUGUUGGGGGCUCUGGGCAGAUCAGUGAGAAGAUGAUGGAGCGCCUGGGCGGGCGGGUGAGGCUGCGCAAGCCCGUGGUGCGCAUCGAUCAGUCUGGGGAUGGUGUCAUCGUGGAGACCCUGGACCACGAGCUGUAUGAGGCAAAAUACGUGAUCAGUGCCAUUCCCCCAGCUCUCUGUUUGAAGAUUCAUUUCAACCCACCUUUGCCCCCAAUGAGGAACCAGCUCAUCAACAGAAUCCCCAUGGGCUCAGUCAUCAAAUGCAUCGUAUACUACAAGGAAACUUUCUGGAGGAAGAAGGGGUACUGUGGUACCAUGAUCAUUGAAGAUGAGGAAGCUGCAAUUGGUCUAACACUUGAUGACACUAAGCCUGAUGGCAGCUUUCCUGCCAUAAUAGGCUUUAUUCUUGCUCGGAAGUGCAGAAGACUGACAGGUCUCACCAAAGAAGAAAGGAAGACGAGGCUGUGUGAGCUCUAUGCAAAGGUUCUGGGAUCAGAGGAAGCUUUACACCCUGUGCAUUAUGAAGAGAAGAACUGGUGUGAAGAGCAGUAUUCUGGGGGCUGCUACACAGCCUACUUCCCACCAGGCAUAAUGACUCAGUAUGGAAGGAUCAUUCGGCAGCCCGUUGGCAGGAUUUAUUUUGCUGGCACAGAGACAGCCACUGAGUGGAGUGGGUACAUGGAGGGGGCUGUCCAGGCUGGAGAAAGAGCAGCCAGAGAGAUACUGUUUGCUAUGAGGAAAAUUCCAGACAGUGAAAUUUGGAAGCCAGAACCUGAAUCAGUUGAUGUGCCAGCUUUGCCCAUCACCACAACCUUCUGGGAGAGGAACUUGCCAUCUGUGCCAGGACUGCUAAAGCUGAUUGGAUUUUCCACUUUCCUCACCUCUGUGGCUGCAGCUGGGUUGUUUGCCUACAAAAAGGGACUCCUGGUUCGAAACUGAAAAAAAGACUGCCAAAGCUUUUGGAAAGCUCUCUCUGUCUUUACAGCCAUGUCUUGCUAUGAUUUUGCUCUGGACCUUCCCACCACUAUGGGAUUAAAAAAGGAUUUGCCACUGUUUUCUCAACAUUUCUACACAAAAGGAACAUGUGGCACCUUGUGGACACGGAUGCCAGGGUGAUGAGGGAAUUGACAAACGGAGGUAGAGAAUCAAGCUGCUUCCCUGUGGCUGGAGGGAACUUUUAGCACUGGCUUACAUUUUUUAAAUUGAAAUUCAUGCCAACCCUUUGAAGAGAGGAAUGAAGUCUGUUUUAAUGGAUAACCAGUCGUGCUGUACUCUUAAUAAAUUAACACAUUUGAUGAGACAACUGCUGUCAUGAAAGUUCCAAGAGUUUACCAGCUUUGUAAAAUGUACUAUAGGAACAACCAUAGAAAUAAUUGCAUUUGUCUCUUACAAACUGAACUGUGUUACCAUGCAUAUUUUGUAAUGCUCAUAAGAGUUUACAAAAAAAAAGAAAAAAAGAAA